CGGCAGGUGACGUGACAGAGGCAAAUGAGGCAAACCCGCUGCUCUUAGCUCUCAUAGCAAGUCUGUUGAUUUUCGCAAUUCCUCACUCUUCCCUCAGCACAGAGCAGUGACACGAAAAAUGGACAAUAGCGGGAAAGAAAAAGAAGCCACGGCUUUGAUGGCCGAGGCUGAGAAGAAGAUGAAAUCCACGCAGUCGUUUUUCGGAGCGAUGUUUGGGGGGGGAUCCUCCAAGCUGGAAGAGGCCUGUGACAUGUUCGUGAGGGCAGCCAACAUGUACAAAAUGGCCAAGAAUUGGUGUGCUGCAGGAAAUGCGUUCUCCCAAGCCGCUAACCUCCACCUCCAGAUGCAGAGCAAACACGACGCAGCGACUAACUUCAUAGAUGCUGGAAACGCCUUCAAAAAAGCAGAUCCUCAAGAGGCAAUAAACUGCCUAAACAGAGCUAUUGAGAUUUACACUGACAUGGGCCGCUUCACCAUCGCAGCCAAGCAUCACAUCACCAUAGCUGAAAUAUAUGAGACUGAGAUGGUGGACAUAGACAAGGCCAUUGCUCAUUACGAACAGGCGGCAGAUUAUUACAAGGGGGAAGAAUCCACCAGCUCAGCAAACAAGUGCCUUCUGAAAGUAGCAACGUACGCAGCUCAGCUGGAGCAGUACCCGAAAGCCAUCGAGAUCUAUGAACAGGUCGGAACCCACGCGAUGGACAGUACGCUCCUGAAAUACAGUGCCAAGGACCACUUCUUCAAGGCAGCGCUCUGUCACUUCUGCGUAGACAUGUUUAAUGCAAAACUCGCCGUGCAGAAGUAUGAAGAGAUGUUCCCGGCUUUCUCAGACGCUAGAGAAUGCAAACUGUUGAAGAAACUUCUAGAUGCCUAUGAAGAACAGAACCUGGAAGCCUAUACUGAUUCGGUGAAGGAAUUCGACACCAUUUCCCGGCUGGACCAGUGGCUCACCACCAUGCUUCUGCGCAUCAAGAAGACCAUACAGGACGAUGAGAGCGACCUCCGCUGACUCCCCUCCCCGCUCGGGACGUCGAACCUUCAGCAGCCGACUUGCAUCCUCCUUUUUGCCUUGAGCCUCUCACUUCCAUUCUAGCAGCAAUCUUAAUUGUUUUACCUCUAGACCCUUAUAUCCCCUCGCAGAUUCUGUGCUCUUUCCGACAGAUCUGCAGUAUUUGUUCUUGCCUUUUACCGCUCAAGUCAAUGCUUUAAAAAUGAUGCUCUUCAUAGCUAUGAAGACUAUUUUCCCGGUGUGCGCUAUGCACACUUUAUGUUGCUUGUAUACCGUUGUUGUUUUGGUAUUGGCCUAAUAUUAAUAACCAUAAUGGGCUGCAAUACUAAAAACUCAUACCAGCACACUUAUAUAAUAAAGGUUUUCUUUUUGUUUCUUUUGUUAUGAAAUGGAUGAGAGGAUACCAAUUUAUUAACUUUGAUCUACAAAUAAUCUUUUCCAGAAAAUGCUUUGGAAUAAACUUAGUUGACCAAAAAGCCAAGAAGUACACACAUUGGUUUUUGGUAUUUUUGAGUGCUCGAGUAUAGGUCAUAUCAGGGCACCUCUAAUUAAACAGCACUAAAUCUCAGCUGCAGAGCUCCUCUCCGAGCAGAGAGGCCAAGAGUUUCUGAGGUUGAGCCACGGCAAAUACCCACUUUGCCUUAUAUCGCAAAGUACUCAGGACGACAACAAAAAUCAUGCUUUGGAAGCUUUAUCCAUUAAUUUGAUGAUUGUUUUUUUUUCAUUUCCAUGUAAAGUGCUUUUAUCUAAAAAACAAAGCUCAUCACAUUUGCAUGGUUUGCAAAUGAAAAAAAAACAGGCCUUUUCCAUUGUAUAGGAGUUAUUUGUCUUUUUUUUUUCUAUUUUCUGUGAUUGUCUGAUUUGUGUUUAUUAUUAUUUUUUCUGUCAUAACUAACCUGGCUGGGGGAAAAAGGCCUGCACGAGAUGCAAUACAUUAAAGAAACAGGAGCUUUACUGAUCUGAACACUGUGCUCAUGUACCCUCCUGGUGAUUUUGUCAAGAGACAAUUGGUCUUAAAUCAUUUGUACAUCGUGUUUCCUGUCAAACGUUUGAAUAAACCUGUCUCAGACG